CGUCUAUGUAUUUAUGCUUUACUAUGCAACUGUGGUCGGCCAUUUUAUUUGACAAUCGGCCCUCUACCCGUCCAUACUCCGUACAAUCGUACUUUUGAAGUCUCGUAUUCUCGUCCCUCAUCUUUCCUCUGUCCUCUUCAUUUUACUAUAUUCGUUUGAGUUGAUCGCUUCAACUUUGCCCUAAGACAUCACUGACAGUCUUACAUCGAAUCAGCUUUGUGAAUUCGUUCGAUUCUUGAAAUUUGGCUCAAUACCGUGUAGCAAACGCUAUGGCACAAAUCAAAGACGAGAAGAUCAGUGACACUUCGUUAAAUGGGCCAAACGCACAUCAUGGCCCCAGUCCCAACCACAAGCCGAAAGAAGAAUUCCACGGUGGUGGCCGUGGUGGAAGAGGCAAUCGCUUUCAACCGUACGGUGGACCGAAUAGAGACCGCAAAGGUGGUCCGCCGAGAGACAACAAUAUGCCAAGAGGAGAUUUUCGCAAUGAUAGUAAUCAUGGUGAUAACCAUCAAGGAGAUAAUGAUAUAAUGAAUAGAGGCAAUCGCAAUCAUUCUGAAAGUGGAAGAGGCGGUAGACGUGGUGGAGGUGUAGGCGGAGGUGUUUUCAGAGGUGGUCCACCUAAUCGAGGAGAUGAUCGUUUAACCAGAGCUGAUGCUCUAUGGAAUGAACGUUUAAUGCAAAUUAUGGGGCCAACUCAUGAGCUUCCACAAACUGAUACCACUGAGAGAAAAUUCCUUAGUCAGUGUCGUCUUUAUAUUGGAAACUUAGUUGAUUGCACUGAAGAAGAAUUGAUAGAAAUGUUUAAACCUUAUGGAGAAGUUUCUGAAAAUUUUUUAAACAAGGAAAAAAUGUUUGCUUUUAUCAGAUUGGAUUAUCGUGCUAAUGCUGAAAAAGCCAAAAGAGAAUUAGAUGGUCAAAUGCGUAAAGGACGUAUGUUAAAAAUUAGAUUUGCCCCCAUUGCUGCUGCUAUCAAAGUAAAAAAUCUUACUCCGUUUGUUUCCAAUGAACUUCUAGAAUAUGCUUUUUCAAUAUUUGGUGAUAUUGAACGUUGCCAAGUGAUGGUAGAUGAAAGAGGUAAUUCAACUGGUGAAGGCAUUAUUGAAUUUUCACGUAAAAAUGCUGCGAGUAAUGCUUUGAAACGUUGUUCAGAUGGUUGUUUUUUUUUGACCAGUUCUCUUCGUCCUUGUGUAGUUGAAACUUAUGAGUUUGUAGAUAGUUCAGAUGGUCUCCCAGAUAAAUUAUUGCCCAAAAAAACAAUGGAUUUCCAGAAACAAAGAGAUACUGGUCCAAGAUUUGCUAAUCCUAAUUCUUUUGAACAUGAAUUUGGUACUCGUUGGAAACAAUUAGCUGAAUUGUAUAAACAAAAGGAAGAAGCACUAAAACGUGAGAUGAAAUUGGAAGAAGAAAAAUUAGAGGCUCAAAUGGAAUAUGCUCGUUAUGAACAUGAGACUGAAAUGCUCAGAGAACAAUUGCGUCAACGAGAAAUGGAUAGAGAACGUCAAAAAAUGGAAUGGGAAAUGAAAGAACGUCAAGCAGAGGAUCAAAGACUUAGGGAAGAAGAUAUUUUCAGGAGACAGAGUGAAGAUUUAAGCAUGAGAAUGCAUCAUCAAGAUGAAGAGAUGAGGAGACGUCAACAAGAUAAUUCAUCAUUCAUGCAGGACCACAGAGGACCGGGUAAACCUCCGUUUGAUGGACCCCCUAUUCCAGUAGAAGUUCAAGGAGGAAUGGGUGGGGAAAGCCAAGUGGCAAAUCAGGAAUCGACGCCGUUCGUGGAAACUUUUGUACGUGACAAUCAAGGAGUAUUGCCGCCACCAGGCCUUUUCGACGCUGGCCCUAGAGGAGACAGGGGCGGAAGGUGGGGUCAAGACAGACGAAACGGCCAGGAUCGUAGAAGAUUUUAAUCUUUCAAAAAGAUCCUAAGAAUAAACAGAUAAUAGAACAAAAAAUUGAAGAUGGAUAGUUAAAUGUCUUCAUUUUAAGCUGAAAUGAUUGUCUACUCGUCAUUGCAAUAUCACAUAACCGCUUAUGUUUCUUGACAUAGGAUAAAACUAAUUUUGGUACCUAUCUUAUGAUUAUUUAAUAUAGGUUUAAUCUCAUUUUUAGUCAACUGUAUUAUCACAACAAUACAAAUUAUAAUUUCUUAUUUGCUAUAGUUUUCAACCUAAAAACAGAAUAAUUCUGAUUACUGAAUGAUGGAUUGAAUUUUUUUCAGUUAUUGAUUUCUUUUUUUUUUACUUUUAUUGCUGAUAGGCUGUAUGACUAUUUAAAACUGCAGUAUUUCAAUUACCUACUUUAAUAAUGGUAUACAUUUUUAUAUAAUUUAAUGUUUUAAGUGGAUUUUAUAUUAUUCUUGAUACUACGUUAGUCAAUGGUCUCAAAAACUUUUUUUUUACCUACUGGUAACAUUGACUUUAGAAAUUAUUAAUAUAAUAAAUAUUAUUAAUUAUUCUUAAUAUUAUAGGUAACUUUGCAAUAGGCAAUCUUAAUAUUAUCUCCAAAAUCAUAAUUUGUGAAUAAUCAUAUAGAUGAUUUACAAGUUCAUACUAGUUGAUACUAGUUUUGUGAUGAUUAAAAAUCCAAUUAUUUUUUUUUGGAUUUCUCUAUAGUAAUUAAUUUAAUGAGUUUUGGUAUAGAGUGUACACAAAUAUUUGCUUUUAUGAGUUUUUACAUAUUCUCUUAAGAUGAUUAAUUGUAUGAUUAUUAUAAUAACAGUUAGGUUUACUAUAUUGGACUACAUUAUUCACUAGUUCUUAAUUAGGUAGAUUUUUUUUUAUUGUAUUUUUGAAUAAAAUACUUUUAAAAUAGUUGUAAUACAAAAUAAUUGAUUAUCGGUUAUAAGUAAACGUUGAAAUUAAUGACUCGUUAUUUUAAGGAAGAAUGGGUAGAAAUAUGUCGUAUUGCGAGUGAAACUUUGUAAUUUUUUUAUUAACAACGAUAAAAUAUAAAGAUUGAUCUAUGCAAAAGAAAGAGAAUAUAAACUAAAUAUAUUUAAAUUUAAGUUAAAUAUUCAUAAUGAACCAUUCAUUAAUUUUUUUCUGUGUGUGUGUGUGUGUGUGUGUGUGUAUGUGUGUAGAUCAAUUUCAAUAUAAUCAUAAGUAAAUUUAGGUGCACGAAAUAGUUUAUUCAUUUAAUAUAAUUAUACAUAUAUUUUCCUAAUUAUACUUCUUACUAGAAUUAUGACUUGGUGUUUGAUAUUUUAAUCUAAGAAAAUAAUGUUCAAAUAAGAAGUAACCUCGUUUGUACAAACUGGGGUUAACUGACUUAUUUAAGUAAAAAAAAAAAAUUAAUGUUAAACUCUUAAAUAUAAAUAUAAAUUCUUAUAUCUUAAUGAAA